GACCACGCAUGAUAUGAAUUAAGAUCUUCGUUAAGAAACUACUACAUAGCAACAUUGCGUACUUUUAUAGAAGAACUUUCUUUCCUAUCAGAUAAAUUGACGGUUAUUGAAAAAUGGCGGGGUAUCGUUGGGUCGAGCUACCUCAAACACUAGAAACAAAAUCCAGGACAAGGCGCAGCUCUAUUCAGCGCAUCUCUGACAAGCGCAGCCCUAAUCAGCGCAGCAAUAAUCGGCGCAGCCCUGAACGGCGCAAUUUUAGACAAAGCAGCUCUGAACGGAGCAAUUCUAGACGACGCAGUUCUUCUCGGCGUAGCUUUGACCAGCGCAGUCCGGAUCGUAGUCGUAGCCGGCGUAGAUCUAAACGGCGCAACUCUGAACAACUCGGCUCUCGACAGCGAAGCCACGAUCAAAGUAAGCCUGAACUGCACAGCUAUAACUUUCAAAGUCCUGUUCGAUUUGGCUGCAGACGACAAAGCUCAAGUCGACGCAGUGAUCAGAGCAGCCCUGGUGGACGCAGCCCUGGCCGACUCAGCGCUGAUCAGAACAUCCCAUGUCGGCGCAGCCCUAAACGACGCAGCUCUGAACGGCGAAACUCAGAUCGACCAAUCUCCGGUCAGCGUAUCCCUCACGGGUUCCACACGGCCUUCGACGAUAUGCGUGAUAAAAUGCAAAUAUUCCUCGACAGAAUGAACUUCUGUAAUUGCCCGACUGGCUCCAAAGAUAAAUUGGCAAAGGCGGAGAAAGGUCUGCGAGUGUGGAUCAAAGAUUUAUUAGGAACAUAA